AAUACGAACUUUAAUGAUGGAGUGAUGGAAAUGUAGAGAAAACUAAAAAACGUUUCCCAGUUUAUUUAUUUGUAUCUAUGUGUAUUUGUUAUUUACAUUUGGAGAUACGAUACAACACUGUGCAUCUCUCUCCAGGUGCUGGUUUUAUUAAUGUUUAAGGACACAGUCUAGUCCCCUUGUCCGUGCAGCUGAAGCCUCCUCUCCGUGCACAAUGCGCGUGUGUGGCUGCAGCGCUCCGAACCUGCGGAGGUUUCUGCUGAGGGCUCUGUUGUUCUUGGCUGCUGUGCUGCCGACGAGCGGUGACUGCCCCAAAUCAUGCGCAUGCAACGUUCCCACUGAAGUGCACUGCACCUUCAGAUACCUGACCGCAAUACCUGACCACAUCCAGCCAGCUGUGGAAAGAAUUAACCUCGGGUACAACAGUAUAACUGUCUUAAGGGAAAAUGAUCUUUCAGGACUUGGAAACUUAGAAUUGUUGAUGCUGCAUAGCAACACUAUCCACAGUAUUGAUGACAGAGCCUUCCAAGACCUCAAGUCUUUACAGGUCCUGAAGGUGUCCUUUAAUAAAGUAAAGGAGAUCAGGAAAGAGACGUUCAAAGGUCUAGACAGUUUGCUGAGACUCCACAUUGACCACAACAACAUUGAAUUCAUCAGCCCAGAAGCCUUCUACGGCCUAACCAGACUACAGUUGGUCCAUCUGGAGGGUAACCACCUCCAGCAGCUCCACCCAGACACAUUCAUCACACUGAGACACAGCCAGGUGUUCAAGAUAUCCUCCAUGAGAAACAUCCACCUGUCAGAUAACCUCCUCACAACUCUGCCUGAGGGUAUCUUCUCAGGCUGCAGCCAGUUAGAGAACCUCUUCCUUCAUGGCAACCCAUGGACAUGUGAUUGCCGUAUGAAGUGGUUCUCAGUCUGGGUACAAAGGAACACAGGUGUGCUGAAAUGCAAGCGAGACAGGAGAUAUCCCAGAGGCCAGCUGUGUCCUGUUUGUGAAAGUCCUGCCCCUUACCACAACAGGCCUCUAUCUCUUCUCCCUGGUGAUGCCUUCACUUGUACCAAACCAUGGAUCCAACCCCAUCUAAAGAAGAAAAACAUCAGCUUGGAUGAAGGAGACUAUACUCCAGUUUCCCCCAAGGAUUUCAUUGCCCCAUUAGGCUCCAUACAACUGAAGCUGACUGACCAGUUACACAGUGAUGCCAGUUUGUCCUGCACUGUCCAGAGGCCCUCUGCUUUGGAGAACCUGACACAAACCUUAGAGGAGGGGGAGGGGAACAAUGCCACCAUGCUUACUGCGAGCAUAAGUACAUAUUUGGUGUGUAACAUUGACCAUGAACACAUACAGCAGCUGUGGCAGAUGCUGGCCACCUACAGUGACUCUGCCCUAAGACUGGAGAGAGGCUUAAUGCUGACGAGAAGCCCAGAAAUGGUGUACAGGUAUAGUCAGAUGAAGAAAACAAAUGAGGGAGAGGAAGGAAUUUAUACAAACAUUGAGGCUGAGAUUAAAGCCUCACCUGCAUGGUUGAUGCAGGGAGAGGUGAGCUUCCAGCUGGACCGCACUACUACCACCUUCUCUACUCUGCACAUUAAGUACGAGUCUGUGGUCAACCUACGUGUGGAAAACACAUCACCUAAGAAGGACCGAUAUUCCUGGACCAUGAUCAAGCGAGACAAUAAAACACAGACUGAAUACACUGUACUUACAGGUGGUGUGGUGCAAUUGAGCUGUCAAAUCCAGGGUGAGCCAAAGCCUUUGUUGGAGUGGAUUUUACCAGAUAGAAGUAAGGUCAGAGCUCCUUUCUCCAGUGAUGACAGGAGGAUCAUAAUCACUGCUGAGGGGAAGCUCACUCUACGGGGUGCAGAUGCUUCAGACACUGGCCUCUACCGGUGCAUCACCACAAACUACCUGGAUGCAGAUGUCCUUGUUUUUCGAGUGGCAGUUCUGUCCCCCGAUGUGGAAGAAUCUGAUGUUAACGGUGUCCAACUCUCACAGCCACUUGGUGAAAAUCUGUUUUUUGACUGUAGCUCCUCAGGAAGUCCUGAGGCGUCGGUCCAAUGGAUACUCCCUGACCACUCAGUAGUGGGCAGUUCUCAUGGGAACAGAAAAGUGUAUGAUAAUGGAACCUUGCUAGUUAAUGGUCUCACAGCAAGGGACAGUGGAUUUUACAGAUGUUUAGUUUCGAAUCACCUCGGAUUUGAUCUGCUCGUGUCUCAGGUGACAGUGACUGGAGAAACAUCUGAAAGGGUGACAGUUUUGGACAGUGAAGGAUCCGGGCUGGAAAUGGAGGACAAGGUGUACCUUAGCCUAACUGAAAACACAGACACUCUCAAUGAGAUCCCCUCCUCCCGUCCCUCGGACGGAACAAGUCAGGAAUCCAGGACCAUUACCUCAGAUCGGCCUUACCCCAGACUCAGGUCACAGGUUAGGGUAGGUGCUGGAGGUAGACUCGGAAAGAAAAGGAAGGGCCCAGUCAGCAACAGACGCAUCUGGAGUAAUAGGGUGUUUGAUAAAUCUUCCAGGAAAGUGGAUCCGCAGAAAUUUGCUGAAUUUAUGAAAAAGGCUCAAGAUGGUUUGCGAAUAAAGGCUGGCGCAGAGGAAGAGGGGAUUCAAUAUGAUCACUUGAAUACCAUCCUAUCUGGUGAUGGUGAAAUUGGCUCUGGUGAGGGUCAUAGUGAAAAUCAUCUGCCAAGAAUAGUCAAAGCAGCCACAGAAAAUCCACAAAAGGGUAUGAUGAUUGGACAAGAGAACAGGCUUCCUGAAACUAUAACAACUACUCAUGCAGGUCAGGAUAGUAAUGAAGCAACAAUGGAGGCACAUCAAACAUUUGGCACGGAAACCACAGUCAACAAUCCUAUCGAUUCAAGUCACGUGACAGAAAACACAAACACACUUACAACAGAGUCCUAUAUGCAGUCAGAUUCGACACCAAUCAAGUCUACAUUUACACACAAUCCAUCAGAAAAGAGGGACACACAGAGUGACGCAGCAACACCACAUAGCACAAUUUUACUCAACACAGGGCUUUCAAGUGUUGAUGACACCACAGAUUUGUAUGCUAAGGAAAGUACUUCAAAGCCAGGCUCAAACAGGCACCCUGUCACACUCCAACUUACUGUGACUGACACGUCACAAGAAACACAGCUCCAGUUCUCAGGAGGACAACCUGCAGAGUCAGAGACGUCAACUGGGACGUCCCUUUCAUUUACCACGGACCCUCAUGUUACUCCCAUGAUGGAUGGUCCAGGACCAUUGGAGCUCAUUGUUCACACAUCUACAGACCCAGAAAGCCAGACAACAUUCACAGCUGUCAGCACCACAGAGAGACAUCAAGAUGAGAUAACCUUCCACACUACCCAAACCAUCAAAUCCCCCAACCUACCGCCCGGAUCAACCAUCAUCUCCCGUCAGCAAAUUCAAAUCAUCCCAAACAAGAACAGCAGAGGUGGGGGGCGCAGGAGAAUCUUUAAUGGCCGCCGGAGGGUCAUUAAACCCAAUAGGAUCACUGACAUACAGUCCUUCAUCAAUAAAGUGAAACAACCCUCAGUAAAGAAGGAAGGGAAUUCCACAGUGCCAUAUAGAAUUGAACUGACCGCAGCGUGUGACUGGGAUGAAGACAAAAAGAAGACCGAAACCACUGAUUUGCAGAUGGUUACACCAAAAGCUCCAUCUGAUUCAUCUUUACACAUGACAGAGAGACCUUCCUCUGCAGCUUCUACCACAAACUAUUACAUUACUUCAAAUUCUCCAUUCACCCACACUGAGUCUAAGUCAGAAGUUUCUAGUGGUUACAUAACCUCUGCUGAUGAAGAGUCAAUCUCCAGCACAACCACUACUACAAUCGCCUCAAAUGUUAUCCGUGGAAGAAUUCCAUGGAACAGGCUGUUUGGAGGCAGAGAGAGGGAAAAUAUACAUAGCAGGCUUAAGAAGCCACUUAACACCAAAAAAAACAUAACUACAGUUGACACUACAACAGUGACGCCAACCACGACCCCUGCUGCUCUGCCGACCACUACUGCAAACUUCCUAUCAGACCCUGAGACUGAGUCCCCAUCCAGACACACAGAAGGCAAAAAGGGCUCAUUAGAUGAUGACUAUGGAGAUGUAACCUCUGCAGUCUUUGAAUUAACAACACUGCAACCUAGCUUUCACCAUCUAACCACUCCCAGCACACACUAUACCUCCAAGUCUGUCACCACUGCUGAAACACCACCUAAAUCACAGACUCUACCUUCCCCACCUCCUGUCAAACUACCUUUAAUUGAAAAUACUGAUGAAGACUUAUCAUCUGGGUCUGGGGGACUUCCUGAUAAUUUGGUUGUAUUCAGACAGACGCCUGGUGGGACAAGAAGACAAAAAGGUCGUAGAAGGAGGCCCUUCAGGGGCAGGAGGCCCUUCAAGAAACCUGCAAUCACUACAUUAAACCCUACUAGCACAACUACAAUGGAGACAACCACACUGCCACAACAUACUUUUUCACCUUACAACCCCCUUUAUACACCAUCUAGGAAAGAGGACAGAACUCCAGUAGUUAUUUCUGCUUACCAAACAUCAAAGGAGGAGACUGACUUAUAUGAGGAAUUUGAUUGGAGCACAUCUAGCAGUUUACCUGCCUUUACUACAACCAAGACACCCUUGAUCCUUUCAACUGCAUUAACCCCUACCACCUCAUUCAUGCCAAUUACCACAAAAAAAUGGCCCUACACAACCGCUCGGACUGAAGUGCAGAAAACACCAAUACAGAGUAACACUGGUCACGCCACUCUUAGACCACCAGUGAGGAAAAUAAGACCAACUGUGCUGAGUAGUGGUGCCAGUGACAUUGCCGAUAAAGAACUUGACGCAAUGACAGAUGAACAGGGACCAUACAACAACAAAGGCCCACACUAUGACAAUCUCGAUCGUGCCACUGGCAAUGAAGCUACACGUGCCAAUACUGCUGGCUUUGAACCCACUACAAAUAUUAUGACCAACAAACCUAAGAUAGUUGGGGGCAAUGCAGCUAGCUUCACCGUGUUAUCCAACUCUGAUGCUUUCCUGCCAUGUGAGGCGGUUGGAAAUCCUGAGCCAGCUAUAACUUGGAAACGCUUCUCCUCAACCACAGGAAACAUCGUUACUGUUAAGGGGAAGAUGGGCAAGUUUGAGGUAUUGAGCAAUGGUACGCUGUUUAUCCAGAAUGCCAACAUUAAGGAUCGUGGCCAGUACAUCUGUUUAGCAGAGAAUGAUUAUGGAUCAGAUAAACUGUUUGUUACCCUGUCUGUGGUGGCCUACCCCUCACGCAUCCUGGAGCCAAAAAUACGUGAGAUAAAGUCUCAUGCAGGAAACACUGUUGAAAUGAAAUGUAGAGCAGAGGGUCGCCCCCUACCCAUGUUGUCCUGGAUCUUGGCCAACCGAACCCAGGUCAAAGGUCAAAACACAGAGAAGGGAAGGGUAUCAGUGUCUGCUGACGGGACUCUGGUCAUUGAGGAGGUGUCUGUUUAUGACAGAGGUAAUUAUAAAUGUAUUGCCAGUAACCCAGCUGGGGCUGAUACUGCUACAGUCCGUCUGCAGGUGGUGGCAUCACCCCCAGGUAUUGUGGAGGAGAAACGGCAGCAGGUAAAAGUAGGUGUAAACCAACAUUUGUGGCUACCAUGUACUGGUCAAGGCAGCCCUCAACCUGCUAUCCACUGGGUCCUCAAUGAUGGCUCCAUGGUACAAUCUAACAGACCUGCCUCAAGGAUAUCAGUGUAUGGAAAUGGAACCCUACACAUCAAGGAUGUGACUCCAAAAGACAGUGGCAAGUUUGAAUGUAUUGCUACCAGCUCUACUGGCUCAGAGAGGAGGGUUGUGACCCUGACAGUAGAGAGGCAAGAGUCUGCACCUCAAAUAGUGGAGACAUCCCAGCGUGUGACAGUGUUGUUCUUUGAGGACCAGCUGAGACUGAACUGUUCAGCUACAGGAGACCCCAAACCCCAAAUCCUAUGGAGACUGCCUUCUAAAGCUAUAGUGGACCAGGAGCACAGGAUGGGCAGUAGAAUUCAGGUCCUGGAUAAUGGUACUCUUAUUGUGACCGCUAUGAGUGAUAAAGAUGCUGGAGACUAUCUCUGUGUGGCGCGAAACAAGAUUGGUGAUGAUCUCCAUCUUAUGAAGGUCAGUGUGUCAAUGAAGGCAGCCAAGAUAGAGCCGAAGCACUAUGGAAAGAAGAAGGUACCCUUCGGUAACGACUUUAAGGUCGACUGUAAAGCAUCAGGAGCACCAAAGCCAGAGAUCUCCUGGGGUCUACCAGACGGUACAGUGGUCAGCAGCGCUCUUCAAUCCGAUGCUAGCAGUGGACAAGGACGAGCACGGCGCUAUACACUUUUUGACAAUGGCACUCUCUACCUAAACCAGGUCAGUAUGUCAGAAGAAGGGGACUACACAUGCUAUGCUGAGAACCAGGUGGGUAAGGAUGAGAUGCAUUUACAUAUAACCGUAGUGACUGCUGCCCCAAGGAUACGUUCAACUGGCCAGACAUAUGCAAGAGUGAAGCCUGGAGGGAACAUCCGCUUUGACUGUGAAGCACUUGGGGAGCCCAAACCCAAAAUCCUGUGGAUGUUGCCCACCAACGAUGUCAUUGCAGCAUCUAAUGAACGCUACCUCAUGCAUGUCAAUGGCUCGCUGGAUAUUAGGGAUGUGAAGCUUAUUGAUGUUGGAGAGUAUAUCUGUAUGGCUCGAAAUCCUGCUGGAGAAAAUAGAAAAGUCUACAAGCUUGAUAUGGAAGGAAAUCCACCAGUCAUUAAUGGCUACCGGCAGAACAGAACAGUAAUCAAAGAUGUCGCUGCCAAAUACUCCAGGAAAUUAAUAGACUGUAACGCUGAUGGGGAUCCUAUGCCUAGUAUCACUUGGAUUAUGCCUGAUAACAUCUUUAUAAAAGCACCAUACUUUGGCAGCAGGAUUAAUGUCCACCAUAAUGGGACAUUAGAGAUUCGUAAUGUGCGGCCAACUGAUACAGCUGAGUUCAUCUGCAUGGCCAGGAAUGAUGGAGGAGAGGCAGUAAUGGUGGUGCAGCUCGAGGUGAGCAGUAUUCUCAGGAGGCCAAUCUUCAAAAACCCUUUUAACGAACGUGUUGUGUCUCGCAUUGGGAAAACCACAGUACUAAACUGUUCUGCUGGUGGGUACCCAAUGCCAGAGAUCAGUUGGACUUUGCCAAAUGGAACGCGGUUGACUAGUGGCCAUCCCCUAGUUAAAAAUGGGACUUUAGUCAUCUACAACCCUAGCAAAGAGAAUGCGGGGAAGUACCGCUGUGGUGCAAAGAAUUUCAUGGGCUACAUAGAGAAACUAAUUAUUUUGGAUGUCGGGCAGCCUUACAUCCUUACAAGACCUAGAGGCGUAAUACGCAGUGCUGCUGGAGAACCUCUUUUCAUUCAUUGUCUUUCUGAUGGGAGUCCAAGACCCCACAUUUACUGGACCAUUCCUGGUGGCCACAUUCUUACUCAGCCUCAAGUCUCUGGGCGCUUCCAGGUACUACAGAAUGGUACUUUGAUUGUUCAGGAUACAACUAUCCACGACCAAGGGAACUACAUCUGCAGGGCUCGGAGCAGUGCUGGGGAGGCUGUGCUCACUGUUCCUGUUAUCAUCAUCGCCUACCCUCCGCGGAUCACAACAGGUCCACCGUCCAGUGUGAGGGGAGUGACCGGGACACCUAUUCAGCUCAACUGUGCCGCCAUUGGGAUCCCCAAACCAGAGAUAAUGUGGGAGUUACCCGAUCAUUCAGUUCUGUCAGCGGCAGACCAGGGUCGGCCCAUGGGUAGUGAACUGCUCCACCCUCAGGGCACACUUAUCAUUCAGAGGCCCAAAGCCUCAGACUCUGGCACAUACAAGUGCCAGGCCAAGAACCACCUGGGUACAGACUCAAAGGUCACAUAUGUGCGAAUAUUGUGAGAAAAAGACAAUUCCAAUGAAGGACUAUGGCACGACCAAGAGUAAACAUCAACAGACACUUGUCCGUGAGGAACGGUGCAACGUUUCACAUGUGGAUUAAAGAUGAUUAAGGCUUCUGGAACAUUGUUUAAAAAAGUGACUAAUUUGGAUCAAAACAAUUAACAGAACAGAAACUAAGCAGAGAUUUUAUAGGGAAAAAAACAUGCUUUUUGUGAAAAGCCAGCCUGGGCAGGGAAGUUGUUAAUUUUGGAUCUGGGGAUCUGGAAAACAAUAGUUGGUUCUCAUUUGGGGUGGUUCUCAUGGGAGCAAAACAGGCAGUGAAUGAGUGGAACUUAAAGUGAUUUCUCUGACCAGGCAUUGCUGGCUGAGCAUGGGAAUACUAUUACAAAACAUACAGAGAGGGAGAAAAAAGUGUGUAAGAAAUUGAUGGAAAGAAAGAAUUAUCCCAAGAGGCUUUUUAUUCCCUUCAGAUAUUGGCCAGAUGUGAUUGUUGUCACGACACACGAUUUGUUGUUUAGCAUCAAAUGAAAAAGACAGGCUGAGUACUGUAUAUGGUAAAGAAUCUUUCAAGAGCUAUUCAUACAAUUGUACAGUGGAAGAAAACAGAUUUGUUGAACAGGAGGCUUGUUUUACACUGGAAACAUAUCUGCAUGGACCUUUAUAACACCUGAUUUCUGUAUUAUACUUUUUGAUGACAGGUUUAAGGCAGAUUUAUUAUGUUUAUUCACAGUGCAGUGUAUUGGUCAAAAACACACUUUCCUAUCAAUGUAUUGUGUUGUACACAAGAAUAUACAGUAAUGUUAUACAUUAUGCUCAUUUGUAAUAAUACAGUAUAUGUA